AUGCCGACGCUAUACCAUAUUCCUAAGACAAUCUCUUCCCCUAUAGUUCAGUGCUUGCUCGAGCUCGACGUUGUAGGCAAUGGAGUAGAUGUUUACGAGACGAAUUUUCAAGAAAUAAAAACGGAAACAUUUUUGCUACGCAAUCCGAUGGGAACUUCACCCACGCUUGAGGACGAUAACAUCGUUCUUUGGGAGUCAGGGGCUGUUCUGGACUAUUUGCUGGAAAGAUAUGACACCGAAAACAGGCUUGCACCCCGAUGCUUAUCCGCCGAGUCGUUACCUGAGCAUUCCGCUCUUCGAGCAAAAUAUCUUCACGUGAAGCAAUAUAUCAUCGCUACUGUGUAUCCGUUUGUUGCGUCUCUCUUUCUUCACACGCAGAGGUCAAUCGAGGAACAGGAUGAGGCAUACAUUCAAUCCACCAAAAGAAAGUGGACCAGUGUCAUGGCGCCAGUGCUAUCGCAGUGGCUGGGUGAAGGGACGUACUUCCUCGGAGAUCAAAUGACAGCUGUCGACUUUCUCGUCUGUAAACCCCUCAACAACGCAAACAGUCUAGGCAUGUUGGUAGUGUUUCCGAGGCUGAAAUCCCUUCUUGAUCGCAUGAAAUGCCGACCCACGUUUCGACUAGCGUAUGAAGCUUUGCCCCCCAACGAGGAAAGUCACUACAAUCGGUCUAUUCUUGUUGUUCCAGGCAUGACGACUUGUCAAGUCUCCGUCGAGGAUAGCAAAGCAUGA